CACUAUUAUUUGCUGGCUUACAUAAGCUUAAGAUUAAAUUUGCGACAUAUUAUUGCUUUGUGUCUGAAUAACUAGCUAUAGAACCACAAUAACUUAAAAUAAUUUGGUUUGCAUUUUCUGCAAAUAAUUAAUGUUUUUUGAUAUAUAUGUAUAGUUAUGACUUCUUCAAAACAACGAGAACUCAACAGUGCAAUUGAGUCAUAUGUUAUGUUGGAGGAAUUUCGUUUGGAUUGUGGACAACUUCAGAAAGAACUUCGAACUAAACCGUUUCAAGGAAUACUUCAUUCAUUGGGUAUCUAUGGAGAAAAUGACUUCGCAAACGUUGGAAAAUUAUUUUUGCUGCCUUCCUCAUUUACAGGUGGACCAAGAGAAAUGAAAAAACGAUUGAACAAACAACCUCGUCAUAUAGAUUCUUCUGCAAUCAAGGAUUUCCGUAAUGAUUAUGGGACUCCCGAGAUAACCAUUGGUGCUAGGAAGCUUUUUGGUGAAGCUCAUGAGCCCAUACGAGUUGAAGAUGAAUAUUGUGGUACAUCUGUCAACCAAGUCCUAUAACCGAGGAUUGCUAUUUUCAACUGUUUAAGAAGCCAAUACGAGCUAGGCAUGCAUUUUUUCCGCAUUUUCAUACAAUUUGAAUCAAACAGUCUGAACAAUUUGGAAUUAUAUAUAUUUGUAUGAAACAUAACUCCAACUUUUGCGCAUUCUUAAAAUAUAUGACAAUGUCUUCUUGUAAUAUGCAAUGUC